AUUCCUAAUAUUUAAAAUGUUGUUUAAUGUUAAAAAGUCAAGCAUUUAUUUGUGUGUUCGAGUAUUAAUUUAAAAUGUCACUCAAUCAAGAAGUUAAAAACAUUAUGCUACAAAAUGAUGAAACAAAAUUGAUCGCUUUGAAAGAUAUAUUGCAAAAAAAUAUUAGUUCUUGUAAUAAUACGAUUCUUGUCGACUCUUACGAAGAAGAAAAAACUCUUAAAAAUUUUGAAAUCUAUCUGCCAAAGAGUUUUAAAGAAAAACAUAAUGGCAGUUAUGUUGUUUUAAGGUCUCAAUCAACUGGAAACUGUCUGUACAGUUCUAUCUCCUUACGUCUUACUGGAAAUAACUGUAUAGUUAACGAUUUAAGAUUACAGACCUCAAUUGAGCUAUUCUUAAAUGCCGAGUUUUAUUCUAACCAUCCAACUUUUCAUUAUGCUUUUAUUAACAAUACUAGCUCUUUUCUUUGCUAUGAUAACAUUCUUCCUUUAUCAGUAUCACUAAAUUCUUUGGAUUCUGGAAAAAAAAGUAAAGAUUUAGUUCAAGAAGAAGCUAUUAACAAUUGUAACAAUGAAAACUGGUCUUCUUUCCUUUGUAUUCUUGCAUUAUCAAGUGUUUGCAACAAGAAAAUAGAAUGUUUGUAUCCAGAUUUUGGUCUACAGAAGUAUAAAAUUUUAUUCAGCUCAACUAUUUUACCUCGUAUAACUUCCUUAAACACUAUUGAGUCUUUACAUCUCCUUUUUUGUUAUGAAGGUGUAUUAAAUGAUUUUUUCGCUCCUUUUCAACACAACCAUUAUACCCCUGUGAUAAUAAAAGAAAACUUAAAACAAAAAAAUUUAAACAAAAGCUGCAAAAUGUCGCAGACUAAAAUAAAAUUUUAUUUCGAGACCAAACUUCAAGAUAAUAACUAUUCGUUGGACAAUUUAAAAAGUAAACCAAUGGAAGUCUCUAGUCAACCCCCAUUAUCAUUAUCAAAUUUUAGUAAAAUUACAUGUUGCGAAUCAUUUUCUUUACCUUCCAAUAAUUAUGAUAUUGGUUAUUUGGUUUCUAACUAUACUAGUUAUUCAAGUAUUGCAAAAAUCUUGAGUAAUUCUGAACUUCAACAUUUAGUUAAAGAUGUUUUUGUACCUUGUAAAACAUUUUCUUUUCCUAAAAAUCUUAAUGGGCGAAGUUUUCAAUUUAUGUGGAUAGAAAAAUUUCCAUGGCUCACAUAUUCGAAAAUAUUCGAUGGAGCCUUUUGUUUGCCAUGUGUACUUUUUGGGUGUAAUUUUCCAUCUGAAUGUAGUUUAGUCGAAAGAUUAUUUUGUAAGCCUUUUGAUCGCUGGAAUGAUGCUUCUCGUUACUUUCAGAAACAUGCAUUUGGCAAAAACAAUAAUAAGUCUGUCUGCAGAAAUAAAGGCUUACAUGUAAAAACUGCUGAAGUUUUAUUUUCAUUGUCGUCGAUUUGGUCUUCUAAAACAGAAUCAAUAGAUAUUACAUCUCAAAAAAUAGUUCAAUCACAGGUUUCUAAAAACCGACAGUUAUUACAACCAAUUAUUGAAACAAUUAUUCUCUGUGGACGUCUUGGUCUUUCUUUACAAGGCCAUAGAGACGAUUCAGAGUUUCAUCCUGAAAAUAGUGAGUCGUUUAAUCAUACUGUUGGAAAUUUUAUUGAAUUAUUACAUUUUCGUGUUAAAGCUGGUGAUAAAGUUCUUGAAGAUCAUCUUAAAUAUCAUCAACAAAAUGCUUCUUACAUAUCUAAGACAUCACAAAAUCAGUUAAUAAGGUGUUGUGGAGAAGUUAUUACUGACACAAUAGGAGAAAUUAAAAAUUCUAAAUAUUUUUCUAUUAUUGCUGAUGAAGCUUCUGACAGUUCAAACAAAGAACAGCUAUCAUUAGUUAUACGGUUUGUUGAUUCAAAGUUUAAUAUAAGAGAAGAAUUUAUCAGUUUUUUACAUUGCACAAAUGGUGUUACUGGUCAAGGAUUAUUUGAUAUUUUGUUAAAAAGUAUUUCAGAUUUUUCUUUAGAUAUCAUGAAUUGCAGAGGACAGUCAUAUGAUGGUGCUGGAGCAAUGGUUGGUCACACCAAAGGAUUGUCCUCUCGUAUUUUAAUUCUAAAUGAAAAAGCUACAUUUGUUCAUUGCUAUAGCCAUAGGCUUAAUUUAGUUAUUUGUGGCUCGUGCAAUGUGCAAUAUGUCAAGAAUCUUCUGGCAUAUGUUAAAGAGGUAUCAUAGUUUUUCAAUCUUUCACCUACCAGACAACAAAAGUUAGAGGAACACAUUGAAUGUACUGUUCCAAUAGCUGUUAAAAAAAAAUUAAAAGAUGUUUGCAGAACACGUUGGGGGGAAAAAGUAAAUGGUUUAGAUACUUUUCAAGAACUUUUUAUUCCUUUGGUCUCUUGUCUUGAAGAAAUGUCUUUAAAUGCCAAUAAGAGUUUUAAUCAUUCAACAGCUUCUAGUGCAUCAUCCCUUCUGAAACUAAUUACAGGUUUUGAUUUUGUUGUUGCUAUGUGCAUAACAAGAAAUGUGUUUGACUUCCCAUAACGCGAAUGUUGCAGUCAAAGAGUAAUGAUAUUUAUGAUGGUUUGAAUCUUAUUCAGGCGUUAAAAGAUGUUGUGAUUUCACUUAGAAAUAUCGUUGAUCAACACCAUAAAAUGUGCUAUGAACAGGCUUUAAAAAUUGCACAAAGUAUAAUGUAGCUGAAGCAAAGCCAAGAACUUCAUUUAUUUCCAAAAACAGAGAUAAUACUCCUUCUGAAUCUAUUUCUGAUUAUUUUAAGUUAGUUAUCACGAUUCCUUUAUUAGACCAUCUAAGUGUUGAACUAGACACAAGGUUUGAUGAUUCUACCUUAAAAUGUUAUAAAGCACUUGUGCUAGUUCCUACAAAAAUGAUUUCAGUAGUGCAAUGUUCUCAUGACACCAGUUGGAAAGACUCCAUCAUAUCUUUCAGUGACUUUUACUCAACAGACUUACCGAAUCUGCUUGCUUUGUCUGGUGAGCUUGAUUUAUGGGAAGCCUUCUGGUUAAAUUUUGAAGGAGAUGUCCCUUCUUAUAUUUCCGAGACGUUAAAAGCGAUAAAUUUUCCUGGUUUUGAAAACAUAAAAGUUUGUCUUAAGUUACUUGCUACCUUUCCAUUAACUUCAUGUGAGUGUGAGCGGACAUUUUCUUCACUUCGGCGCCUAAAAAAUUAUAUGCGAAGCACCAUGGUUCAGGACCGUCUAAAUGGUUUAGCAUUAAUGAAUAUUCAUUCAGAAAUAGUUAUAGAUAUCAAUAAAGUCAUUGAUAAGUUUGCCACUAAUAAUCGUAGAUUAACUUUCAAAUAAAUAUAAAAUAUAUUUAAAAAAAAUUUUUUUUUAAUAAAAAAAUGCAAAA